GUCCACCCCCUCUCCCCCCUCAGCUGCUAUAUCAGGGGACAGACUCCCUGCUCCAACUUAUCUUUUAUCUGGUGGUCGAUUGAAUCAUCCCUUUAUCAACAACUGCGCCUCUUUGGAAACAAGAAAGUAUCUUUGGACUUUUGGAGUGGACAGCUUCUGUGUGCUGCAUUGAGUGGUGCAUAGUGAAGUGUCUUGGAACGCUGUGAUUCAAUUCCUUCCCUGAGAGGUUUGGGAGACGGGCACCACCCUGCAAGGAAAGAGCAGAAGUCACUCUUCAUCUGCAAAAACAGAAAUAUUCCAGGCGUGCAAAGAUGCCUCGGUCAUUCCUUGUCAAGAAGUAUUUCACCAACAAGAGGCCAAAUUACAGCGAGUUGGAAAGCCAGAAUGCAGUCAUACCAGAGUGCUAUCCUCUUGCUGAGCUCCCGAUGAGGGACAACAGCUCUGUGCUGACCUACUACCCCACCGCCCUGCUCUUCAACAUGGAUGCCCUCCCAGCACCUCUCUCCCCUGUGUCCCCCGUCUCCCUCACGGGUCCUGUGGACCUCAGCAGCUCCCCCUCCAGCAGCAGUGGGGAGGAUGAGGAGGAGGCAGGGCGCACAUCGGACCCCCCCAGCCCUGUACCCCCCCACCACAUCUACCACUGCCUCCACUGCAGCAAGACCUAUAGCAGCCCCUCAGGCCUCUCCAGGCACCAGCUCACCCACUGCCCCAGGGGCAGCGAAAUCAGCUCCGCACCCAGCCAGGCCUUGCCUCGACCAGCCUUCCACUGCAAAAACUGCCCAAAGGAGUACACCAGCCUUGGGGCUCUGAAGAUGCACAUCCGCUCACACACCCUGCCCUGCGUCUGCACCACCUGUGGAAAGGCCUUCUCCAGACCCUGGCUGCUCAGAGGACACAUCCGCACGCACACUGGUGAGCGUCCGUUCUCCUGCCAACACUGUAACCGUGCAUUUGCGGACCGCUCCAACCUGCGGGCCCACAUGCAGACCCACUCUGAGGUGAAGAAGUACCAGUGUGGUUCCUGCUCUCGCACCUUCAGCCGCAUGUCCCUGCUACACAAACACACUGCCUCCGGCUGCUGCCCUGCCUCCUAGACACACACUGACCCAGCGGCCUAGAACGUUUGGCCGAAGAUGCCACGGUUGUUCAAUUCCCCAUAAGGGAUGUUUACUGCGAUACAGACUGUAAGUUGCUAUGGGUGAAAGUAGGAACCGCCUGUAGUGGGUUGAAAGACCCAGGACCACUCAGACAAUGUUUAGGGGGGAAUGGAUCCCCAAACACUGUCAUCCAUCAAUUUGGAGGGCUAUUAGGCACCCCCGUUGAGCAACCUCGUGGCCUGAAGUACAGGGAGGGAUGGGAGGGUGUUGCCUAUAAGUGAACUCUUUUGAAUUCUGAAGUGCCUUCCAUUUAUAAAAAAAGAAAAGAAAAAAAAGAAAGAAAAAAAGAUAAUUGAAAACAAGUAAAUGUUUUUCAUAUUGUUGUUAUGCAUGCAUAGAGACUUGAUGUUGACUGUGAGGUCAAUCAAGUGUAUAUGUGUGUGGAGGGAGCAGCUGGACAUGCAGUUAAUUCCCAGCAUACCCCUCGGUCCUGGCUGGUCCGGGACUGUGACCAUAGUGCAGCUGCUGGCGUGUGUGUAGAAAGUGAAUGUCGUCUCUCAUAGUCCACAUACACAGCAUACAUGUAUUGGGACAGGUGUGGACAGCUGUCUGUAUGGUGUUCUGUGGAGGCAGGAUACUGAGAGAUGUGUUAGCUCUGACCUCAAAAGUUGACCCUCAUCUCUUCUCACCCCUCAUCCCCUCACACCCCUUCUCCCUUAUCUCCUCUUCCCUUAUCUCCUCACUCCUCCCCCUUACCUCCUCACUUUCUUCUCCUCACUCACAACCUAUUCGUCCCUCUGUUUUUACCUCCUUCCUCCUCGCCCAUCUCUUCCAGACCUUAUCCACUUAUCCCUGACUAACUCCUUACACCCCCCCCCAAGUUCUCAAUAUUUUUCCCUCAGCCCUCUAAUCCUCACUCGGCACCUUUUUCCACCUCCCGACCACCUCCCCACCACACUCCUCACCCACAUAACAUUUGCCAGAACCAAGCCAUUUGGAUUUGUGUGUGUGCUUUGGUCACAAGUCAGUUGACCAUAUCAGAAUGACCAAAGGCAGUCUAAGUCCUAUAUCCAAUAGGUAACUGAACCAAAGCCAUUUGAACCAUCUGCGCUUUAACAUUUUCAAAUCAAACUUUUAUAAAUGCCUCAAAUAAUUUUGUGCAAGAUUUUAUACAGAUUUUUUAUAAAGAGAGUUUGUAUGUGCCAUCUUUGCCAAUUUGUCAGGAACAUGAUGCUCUAUUUAAGCUACAAAUAACUUUGAUUUAUCAUGAUGUGUUGUAAUGAUUCCUAAACCAGCAGAGAUGUUCCUUUCCACUGCUUGCCAUAUGUAAAUAAAGCUUUGUCUUAAAUCUG